AUCGUUCGCAAGUUGCUGGACUCCAAAUAUUGUCCAAUAUAUCCAGAAUUUUUCGGAGGAAAAGUUCUCUCUGCCUCUGCCUCUGCCUCUGCCUUCUCUGCCUCUGUUUCUUUUCCUGUUUCCAUAAAUAGAAAGGAAAAGGAAUCCAACAAAACAGCAACAAAGACAAACCCUUUCUUGUGUUUAUCAAUGGAGUCAGGACAGGGAACUGUGACAUGCGGGUCAUGGAUCCGGAGACCCGAGAACUUGAAUCUUGCUGUGCUUGGCAGGUCAUCGAAGAAGAAAAAUUCUGCCUCUCCUUCUGUUCUCGAGAUCUUCUCUUUUGACACCGAGACAACUUCUCUCUCAACCUCUCCUCAGGUAACUUAUGUGUUUGAAGAAACAGAAGGUGAACUGGUGACAAUUGCAGUGCAUCCAAGUGGAGAUGAUCUUGUGUGUUCUUCAACUAAAGGUGGAUGCAAAUUGUUUGAGUUGCAGUGUCAAGAAACAAAUUUAAAGUUGCUAGCCAAAGAUUUACCUCCUCUCCAAGAUGUUGGUCCACAGACAUGCAUGGCUUUCAGUGUUGAUGGGUCUAAGUUUGCCACUGGUGGGGUGGAUGGGCGUUUAAGAAUUUUGGAGUGGCCAAGUUUGCGCAUCAUUUUGGAUGAACCAAAAGCACACAAAUCUGUCAGGGAUAUGGAUUUUAGCCUGGAUUCAGAGUUCCUAGCGUCAACAUCUACUGAUGGUUCAGCAAGAAUAUGGAAAGCAGAAGAUGGUUCACCUGUGGUUUCUUUGACUCGCAACUCAGAUGAAAAGAUUGAAUUGUGCCGCUUCUCCAAGGAUGGGACAAAACCAUUUUUAUUUUGUGCUGUGCAGAAAGGUGAUAAAGCUGUCACUGCAGUUUAUGACAUAAGUACAUGGAAUAAAAUUGGGUAUAAGAGGCUACUUAGAAAGCCUGCUUCCAUCAUGUCUAUCAGCCUGGACGGGAAAUAUCUUGCUUUAGGAAGCAAGGAUGGAGACGUGUGUGUAGCGGAAGUUAAGAAAAUGGAGGUUUCCCACUUGAGUAAGAGGCUGCACCUGGGUACAUGUAUCACGUCACUAGAGUUCUGUCCCGGUCAAAGGGUUGUGCUCACUACUUCCGAUGAAUGGGGAGCAGUGGUGACUAAGUUGAAUGUUCCUGCAGAUUGGAAAGAGUGGCAGAUAUAUUUACUGCUAGUAGUACUAUUUUUGGCAUCUGCUGUUGCAUUUUACAUUUUCUUUCAGAAGUCUGAUUCAUUUUGGAACGUUCCACCUGGAAGAGAUCAACCUGGGAAACAGUUCGAAAUUUUAGAUCCACAGUACUCUGAAGAUGCAUUUGGGCCUGUAGAUAUGUGAACAAUUUUUAGACACGGUCACCAGAAGUCAUGGGUUGUAUCAUCAUCAUGUUACAAAAUAAACACUCAGUGAAGUAGUUUAAGAUUCUUCAUUUGAUCCAUUGCAACUUUCAACUUAAUCUAUUUUUGGAGAACGUUGCGCA